AUGAGCGACGGGGAAAAUAAUUCCUCUUCAGUACCUAGACAAUUGCAGUCCUCCAUGUACAAGACAAAUUCAUCGACCAGCUUGUCUUUAUUAUCUUCAACUUCCGAUUACCAGCUGCAGUUCGUAGGAGGAGGUGGAGAAGAAGUAGCUUCUACCAUAGGUGAAUCUCGCCCAAGAACUCCAGAUCGCGAAAUUUCCCCUGAACAGGAUACUAAUAUAGGUAGCGAAAACUAUAUAGACUCGUUCUCCAGGCCCCUAUCUAGGAAUUCUACUACGUCUUGCUUAUCUACAACAGCUACGAAGGAUGGAAUAGAAGGUAAUAGGUUGCAUAGACAUGGACCUACAUCGUAUUCCAAUAAUAUUAUAUCCAACAUGGUAAACGCUAAUAAUCUUGCGAAUGCGAAUAAUGCAAAUAAUGCUAACAGUAAUUUGCGCCCUACACAGAUCAAGUCUCCUCUUGCAACUAUGACCGUUGCCACUUCUCCCCCAGAGGGUUCCACUGUAUUACCUCCAUUACCCGAUCAGAACAAUGAAAGCACUACACCGACUCCUCUCACUCCAGGUUCACCUGGUGAUAAGUUGAAUUUUGCCAAUAUGGAGUUGCAUAAUUCAAUUUUCAAAAAGCAACUAAUUAGUGGACUAGAUGGUGGAAUGGAUAGGUCGUCCUCCUUAUUAUCCGCGACAAAUGAUGAAGACUACGAUGCAGACUCCAUUGCAAACAAUUACAGCCAAGUGAGUAUAAAAACUACAAAUGCUCAGAUGGACGGAGAUUCCGGGGCUAGUAAUCAUAUAACUGGGUUAGCUUCUGCACCACUGAUUACCUUGAGAGAAAAGAUAAAUUUAUUGGAUACGGGUGCAGUAGAAAGGCAGGAUAAUUUCUGA